GGGAGGAGCAUCAAGCCGGCCAAUGAUCUCAAGCUGCGAUGUACGGAGCUGGACGAGAAUGGGAAUGUUGUACUUGUCAAUGGAGAGUACAAGAAGAGCGAGCUCAUAGCGAAGUACUCGCUCUUGACGCGAGAUCUGCGCAAGAUCGACAGCUCUGUCCUACCACACAUUCUCAUUCGACAUUCUGCGAUUCUGAUAAAUCUUCUCCACAUACGAUGCUUGAUCAAGCAUAACCGCGUCCUUAUCUUUGACGUAUACGGCAGCCAAGACUCUUACGCUCAGAGCCUUUUCAUUUAUGACUUGGAGGGGAAACUGCGGCAGAAGCAGUCAUCGGCCGCGGCUGGUGGCAAUUUGCCGUACGAGUUCCGCGCGCUGGAAGCGGUACUCGUGUCAGUCACGAGCGGGCUUGAGAGUGAGUUCGAGGGUGUCAGAGAACCAGUUGUGCGUGUGCUGCGAGACCUUGAAGAGGACAUUGAUCGAGAUAAGCUCCGCCUUUUGCUCAUCUACAGCAAGAAGCUAGGCACGUUCGAGCAAAAGGCGCGGCUGGUCCGUGACGCGAUUGACGAUCUUCUUGAAGCUGAUGAUGAUCUGGCCGCGAUGUACUUGACGGAGAAAGCUCAGGGUCACGAACGCGAGGAGGACAAUCACGAAGACAUCGAACUGCUUCUGGAAUCGUACCAUAAGGUCACGGACGAGAUCGUGCAAGUCUCAUCUAAUCUAGUGUCUGCGAUUCGCAAUACGGAAGACAUCGUCCGCGCAAUCUUGGACGCAAACCGCAACUCACUUAUGCUGCUCGACCUCAAAUUCACCAUUGGCACGCUUGGUAUCACCGCAGGUAUGUUCAUCGCCGCGCUCUACGGUAUGAACCUGGAGAACUUCAUCGAGGAGACCAACUUUGGAUUCUUCGGCAUUUCCGGUCUGUCAACGUUGAUUGCGAUCCUCGCGUCAAUGUAUGGUUUACGGAAGCUUCGUGGUGUGCAAAGGCUCAGUAUGUGGGGU